CCAUUGAUGGUCCAGAAAUAGAUCCAAAGGUUAUGUAGUGUAUAUGGGCACCGUUUGCUCCAAGCCCUGCCCUGCCACCGUCUUUGUCAAUGACAGAACAUUCCUGCCAAGCCUCCUGUGAAGAAUCAGAUCCCGAGGCCCGCGUGCAUGGCAAACCUAAUUUUCACGGGUCCAGUUCCGCGAGCACUCCUUGCAUGUCCCAUGAACGAGAACAUUGUAGAAUCGCCAAGGGUUCCAGAAUCUCUUUGUUGCAGGUAGCAGGCUCUACCCAGACCGCAAUGAUCAUCCAACCUCGAGUUCAAGCAGAUCACCUCAUUGUGGCUGUUGCAAGGCUUUCUUUGUUUGCGCGUAAGGCUGCCGAGGCAGUGACAUGGCAGCUUUGUGGGUUUCAGGUUCAAAUGAUGUGGAAAGUCGCAGGCUGGCUGUUUCCCUCUCCUGUGCAUUAUGGAAUAUUGACAAAGCAUGGCAACGUGGAGCCUGUGCACGGUACAUUUACCAUAUUGGCAGCCCGAGGCACAGAGUAUUUCCAGGAGAUAUGGCACGAUUCAACAGAAAUUGUUCGAACUAGUGAAGUUCACAGACUAGAGUGACGCAAUAUCAACACAUAGUCAAUCCCAUAUUGCUAUAGCUAUAUCAAUGCAAGAUAACAAGCCUUCCGAGACCCUCGAGAUAGCCCGACAGGUGGAUCUCGGUCAUAUCAUGCUCAAAGAACCUCGGGGAACCCCUUUUCCGGCAUAAGGGGCA